AUGGCCCAUCAUAUACACGUGAGAUAUACACAAUCCUCCUUUUAUCGUUUCCACUUUCCUCCCAAAAAAAACCAGAGGUACAACUCCUUCUUUGAUGCCGACGUGAACGACGACACUAUCCCGUUCUUCUCCGACGCCGACGAGCUUUCAAAGAUGCUAAGGCGCUGCUCAGCAGGGACGAAGCGAAAGAGGAAAGGAAAAGCAACAGUUUCGAAGCAGGAGGACGAGGGAGACGUGAACCAUGAAACGAGGAGCCCGAAAGAGGAUCAAGGAGACCCAUCGGUACAUGAACGAGUUCCACCACUUCCCUCGAAUCCCACAAUCAAUGGGAAGGCUAUAUUCAUUGUCGAGAAUGCUGCUCUCAACAAGGGUUUUGUCAAGAAGGCUGGAGGAGCUGUGCGUUUAAAUGACCAAGAAUUAUCAGGGAAGGGAAACCUGGGAAAGGAUAGAGGGAGGGAGACCUCCCACUCCUACAACGGCCAACGGAGGUGGAAGAUUCUGAAUACUGAAGAGGACAACAAUUUUCUCCUUAGACAGAAGAAGAAUCUUGGUGAUUACAGAUCCGACAUUGUGUACAAGGUUCUCCGUGCAAUUCUUGAUAGUCCACUUAACAAAGCUGGUAUGGUUGAAGCCAUAUAUGUGAAAACCACCAAAGGAGCACUUUUUGAAGUUAAACCACAUGUGCGCAUACCGAGAACAUUGAAGCGCUUUUGUGGCCUCAUGUUGGAGUUACUAGAGAAGAAGUACGUUCGCAAUAAAGAUACUCAAGAAACGCUUCUUCGUGUUGUUGAGGAACCUGUAACCAGAUAUUUACCCUCCAACUCUCGUAUUAUAGGCCUUUCACCCCACUCAGAGAAGGUGGUUGACAUAGAGGGCUAUGUUUCAGCUGCAAGUGAUGAUUUAAAUCUUAUUUUUGUGGUAGGUGCAAUGGUAGGUGGAAAAAUCAACGGGCAGGGUACAGAUGAUUUUAUAUCAGUUUCCGAAUAUCCCUUGGAGGCGAAAUGGUGCACAGAACUGACUUGUGAGGCGUUGGAAGAGAAAUGGAAUAUCUAUUGAGUAAUUGGAGUUUCAGAUUAGCUAAUCUUUUGCUCGUCUAACUAUGCGGGUGUUCUUGAAUGCGUUGUUUAUUCUCCCAGCUGUCUUUAACAAACGGGAGAAUCUCGGUUUCUUUCCCAGGCCUUCCUUGUGAGGCGUUGUUUAUUAUCCCAGCUGUCUUUAGGCGAACUCACGCUUAAUUUUAUCUAUUCUCAUUAACGUUGAACUUAUGUUGAUUUCAUGAACUAUCUUGCUGAGUUGCUGGUCUAACUAUGCGGGUGUUCUUGAAUGUGUUGUUUAUGUAAUGUAUCGAGGGAUUAUAGAAGGAUUUAACGUUGGUCUUAACGUUUAUAUGCGUUGUUUA